GGCCGCACCACCCCGCCCGCGCACGGGGACGCCGGCGCGCUCUCCGGGGGCUUCUUCUUCCCUCCGGUUGUGUCCCGGUUCUGCGUCCGCCAGGGUCCAGGAUGACAGUCCGACACCAAGGCCAGCAGUACAGGCCGAGGAUGGCAUUUCUGCGGAAGGUAAGGAAACUGAGGCGAGUAAGGACCAGCGCUGGAAGAACGGUCGGUGUGAUACAGUGAAGCUGGUCUCGCUACAAGGCUAGGAACAAAAAGUACAGCGUCUAGUGGGCAGGGGCUUCGGAUUCUACUCCAGGAGCAGGAGAGGCCCAGCAGAGGAAGAGCCUUGAAUCUAAGACUGAAGGAUGCUGCAUCGGGGCUUCUGCUGGGCCCAGAAGAGGCAGAAGGAAGGCCCAGGCAGCGGGAGCAGCGUGCGUCAGAGCAGAGAUUGAAGCCCUCGUCAAGGACAUGCAGGACCCAGAAAUGGGGGUCAGAGUGCAGAACCAGAAGGUCACGGUCAUCAGCGUCCCUCACGCCAUGACGGGGAGUGAUGUUCUCCAGUGGAUCACCCAGCGGCUGUGGGUCUCCAGUCUGGAGGCACAGAACUUGGGCAACUUUAUUGUCAAGUACGGCUACAUUUACCCCCUGCAAGACCCCAGGAACCUCGUUCUCAAGCCUGACAGCAGCCUCUAUCGAUUUCAGACACCGUAUUUCUGGCCCACCCAGCAGUGGCCGGCUGAAGACACAGACUAUGCCAUCUAUCUCACCAAGAGAAAUAUCAAGAAGAAAGGGGUUUUAGAAGAAUAUGAAAAGGAAGAUUAUAAUUUCUUGAACAAAAAAAUUAACUACAAGUGGGACUUUGUCAUCAUGCAGGCCAAAGAGCAGUACCGGGCUGGAAAGGAAAGGAAGAAAGCAGACAGGUACGCACUGGAUUGCCAGGAGAAGGCGUAUUGGCUGGUCCACCGAUGCCCCCCGGGAAUGAAUGACGUGCUGGACUAUGGCCUGGACCGAGUGACCAAUCCAAAUGAAGAUCAGAAACAAACAGUGGUUUCUGUCAGAAAAGAGAUCAUGUAUUACCGACAGGCCUUAAUGAGGUCCACGGUGAAGUCUUCCGUGUCCCUUGGCGGGAUCGUCAAGUACAGUGAGCAGUUUUCGUCCAACGACGCCAUCAUGUCGGGCUGCCUUCCUAGCAAUCCUUGGGUAACGGAUGACACCCAGUUCUGGGAUUUAAAUGCCAAACUGGUGGAAAUCCCAACCAAGAUGCGGGUGGAACGAUGGGCCUUCAACUUCAGCGAGCUGAUCCGAGACCCCAAGGGCCGACAGAGCUUCCAGUACUUUCUCAAGAAAGAAUUCAGUGGGGAGAAUCUGGGAUUCUGGGAAGCCUGUGAAGAUCUGAAGUACGGAGAUCAGUCCAAGGUCAAGGAGAAAGCGGAGGAGAUUUACAAGCUGUUCCUGGCCCCAGGGGCGAGGCGGUGGAUAAACAUAGACGGCAAAACCAUGGACAUCACGGUCAGGGGGCUGAAGCAUCCCCACCGCUACGUGCUGGACGCCGCACAGACCCACAUCUACAUGCUCAUGAAGAAGGACUCUUAUGCCCGCUACUUAAAAUCCCCAAUCUAUAAGGAAAUGCUGGCCAGAUCAGUUGAACCUCAGGAAACCACCAAGAGAAGAUCGAGCCUCCCGUUCAUGCGGCGCCCCCUGCGCUCCAGCCCAAGCCCCGUCAUCCUCAGGCAGCUGGAAGAAGAAGCCAAGGCUCGGGAAGCGGCCACCACGGUGGACAUCACCCAGCCGGGCCAGCGCGCGGCGCCCAGCCCUCACCUGGCCGUGUACACCGGGACCCGCCUGCCCCCCUCUCCUUCCAGCCCCCGCUCCCCGCGCUGCCGCUCGCCGCGGAGGCCCUUCCCCUCGCCCGGCCGCUUCCUCCGGCGGCCCAGCAGCACCGUCUGCCCCUCGCCCAUCACGGUGGCCUUGGAGGGCUCCCCGGGCGAGGAGCAGAAGCGGGAGGCCGCCCGCGGGCGCGCGGAUGCUGGGACCGGCGGGGCCUCCGCGGACCAGCCCCGGCUCCGGGCCCCUCCCAAGGCCCGCGUGGCCCUGUCCCUCGGCCGGUUCCUGAGACGAGGCUGCUUGGCCUCCCCGGCCUUUGCCAGGCUCUCCCCUAGGUGCCCCCCUGUGCCCCACGGGAAGGUGCAGCCGCUGGGGGACGCGGGCCGGCAGCUGCCACGACCGAGGUCCCGGAGAGCAGCCAACUUCUUCCAGAUCAAAAUGGAUGUGCCUAUGGGGAGCGGGACCUGCCUGAUGGACUUGGAGGACACGGGGACAGGAGAACGGAGUGACCAGGCCAUAGAAAAGGAGGUCAUCUGCCCCUGGGAGAGCCUGGCCGAGGGCAAAGCUAGCUGAGCCCGGGGCCUCGGACUAGGCAGUCGCUCCCGCACACUCGGCUGGAUGGGGCCGCGGGACAUGCUUGCUCUAAACCAAAGCGCAUUAAGAUCAUAUUUGGGGAUUGGAGAGACAAGACGGAUGGAUGAUGGAGAAGAGUGCUGUGGCUGGGCUCCCCCUGACCAGCCCCUUCCCUCGACCCUGACCCUCGGUCAGAAGAAAGGCAUGUGGACCAGAGGACUUGACUUGCUGCCUUAAAACCGAUAAAAGGUUACCUUGUCAAAGUGUUUUUGGAUUGGAA